AUGGAGGUCGCGAGCAGAUUGACGAGGGUGCCGGUGGUGGACUCGCGGUGGAGCAGCGGCCAACAACCGAAGCAGCGACGAGAACUUUCUGAUCUGCAAAAGCUUCGAUCUUUGUACCAGCCAGAGCUUCCUCCCUGCCUUCAGGGAAAUGCAGUCCGUGUUGAGUUUGGCGAUGUAGCAAUACCUGCAGACCCAUCAGGUGCCCAUACCAUAAGUAGGUCUUUUCCUCACACUUAUGGUCAACCCAUCGCGCAUUUCCUUAGGGCGACCGCGAAGGUUCCUGAUGCUCAAAUUAUUACGGAGCUUCCUGCAGUCAGGGUUGGAGUUGUUUUCUGUGGUAGACAAUCUCCUGGAGGACAUAAUGUCAUAUGGGGUCUUUUUGAUGCGCUCAAGGUUCAUAACCCCAAGAGUACUUUGUUUGGAUUUCUUGGUGGUUCUGAUGGUUUAUUUGCACAAAAAACUUUAGAGAUUACUGAUGACAUUCUCGCAACCUACAAAAAUCAAGGUGGAUAUGAUUUGCUCGGACGGACAAAAGAUCAAAUUAGAACAACUGAGCAAGUUAAUGCAGCACAUAACACAUGCACGGCUUUGAAGCUGGAUGCUCUUGUAAUUAUUGGAGGCGUGACGUCAAAUACGGACGCAUCCCAGCUUGCAGAAACUUUUGCAGAAAGAAAGUGCCCUACAAAGGUGGUUGGAAUCCCUGUUACUUUAAAUGGAGAUCUUAAAAACCAAUUUGUUGAGACAAAUGUUGGUUUUGACACAAUAUGCAAGGUUAAUUCCCAGCUGAUUAGUAAUGUAUGCACUGAUGCUCUUUCUGCAGAAAAGUAUUAUUACUUCAUUCGACUCAUGGGACGGAAAGCAUCUCAUGUUGCCUUGGAAUGCACUCUCCAGUCCCAUCCCAAUCUGGUCAUUCUUGCUGAAGAGGUGGCGGCAUCAAACCUUACUCUAUUUGACAUCACAAAACAGAUAUGUGAUGCAGUUCAAGCCAGAGGUGAACAAGAUAAGCAUCACGGUGUCAUUCUUCUGCCUGAGGGGCUUAUUGAAAGCAUACCUGAAGUUUAUGCUCUAUUGCAGGAAAUUCACCAUUUGCUCAGGGAAGGUGUAUCUGCUGAUAACAUUUCUGCACAACUCUCUCCUUGGGCAUCUGCAUUGUUUGAUUUCCUGCCACCAUUCAUAAGGAAACAGCUCCUUCUCCACCCAGAAUCAGAUGACUCUGCACAGCUAUCUCAGAUUGAGACUGAAAAGCUCCUAGCUCAUCUUGUCGAAGCGGAGAUGAAUAAGAGACUGAAAGAAGGAACCUACAAAGGCAAGAAGUUCAAUGCCAUUUGCCAUUUCUUUGGCUACCAAGCUCGGGGGUCUUUGCCAUCAAAGUUUGAUUGUGACUACGCCUAUGUGCUUGGUCAUAUUGGCUAUCACAUAAUUGCUGCUGGCUUGAAUGGUUACAUGGCAACUGUAACCAAUUUGAAGAAUCCUGUUAACAAGUGGAAGUGUGGUGCUGCUCCUAUAACUGCUAUGCUAACUGUUAAGCGCUAUGGUCGCGGCCAUGGGGCUUCAACACUUGGGAAGCCAGCUUUGCAUCCAGCAAAUGUUGAUUUAAAGGGAAAGGCCUAUGAGCUGUUGAGACAAAACGCAACCAAGUUUUUGAUGGAGGAUAUUUAUAGAAACCCGGGACCUCUUCAGUUUGAUGGCCCUGGUGCUGAUUCAAAACCCGUUACUCUCUGUGUUGAAGAUCAAGAUUACAUGGGCCGUAUUAAGAAAUUGCAGGAAUAUCUCGACAAGGUGCGUUCAAUAGUGAAACCAGGAUGUUCGCAGGAUGUCCUUAAAGCUGCUUUGAGUGCAAUGUCCUCUGUUACCGACAUUCUUUCUGUUAUGUCUGCACCUUCCAGCGGGAGCACCCCCUUUUAA